GAAAAAUUAUUUUAAAUGUGAAAUCUGUUCUUAAGUGAAGAAGUACUUAAAUAACUUAUUGAAUAAAAGCAACCAAAAAAGUUCCAAAAUAUUAGAGGAAAGAAGUAGAUUGGGCAAAAUUAUUUUACCGCUCAAAAAUGACCGAAUACUGGAAAUCAAAUGAAAGAAAAUAUUGUGAUUAUUGCAAAUGUUGGAUUACAGAUAACAAAGCGAGUGUUUCAUUUCACGAAAAUGGAAAACGUCAUAAAGCUGCAAUUGCAAAUCGGAUAUCCGAAAUCAGUCGAAAAACUGCUAAAGAGGAAAAAGAGAAAAACAAAGUCGAUCAUGAAUUGAGGAAAAUGGAAGAAGCAGCUUUAAAAGCUUAUGCUACAGAUAUUUCAAAUAAAGCUGAUAUAACAGGUCAAACAUUACAAAAUUUAACCAGUUCAUAUAAAGAGAGCCCUGCUAGCACUUCGACAAACGUAAGACAACCAAUUGGGCAAGUAGAUCCAUUACGUUUACCCGAUGAUUUAGUUUAUGAUGAAAGAGAUCCAAAAGUAUUGAAAAAAGCUAUUAUUGAACCACCUGAAAAUCAAUCAUUAUGGGUAGAAGGAAAAUCUGAAAAAGGUUUUACAUACUAUUGGAAUGUUAAAACUUACAAAUCAGUAUGGGAAGCACCAAAAGAAGGUUAUAUGAAACUUGAAGAAUAUGAGAGACUAAAUGAAAUUGCAAAAAAACAACAAGAAAAUCAGUAUGCUUUAGAAGCUAAGAAUUUUCGAGAAAACGUUGAUGAGGAAGUGGCCCGUUAUAAUCGAGAAAAAAUGAAAAAAUUUAGAAAAAAUGACGGUGAAGAAAAACGUAAAGAAAUUGAAGAGAAACGUACAAAUUAUGUUACUCAAGAAGAAGCAUCAACAAGUAAAAUUGGAUCUUGGCAAGUUGUAGAAGAAAAAAAACCCGAACUAUACGUUGAUUUAGAAUUACCUAAAGUAGAACAAAAGUGGAUACCACCUGUUUUUUCGAAAGAUUCUUUUGAGCCACCAGCAGAAAAAAGAUUUAAAGAAAAAACAAUAGGAUCUCUAGAACCCAGCCUAACUGUUGGUCUGCCAGUAUCUUUUAAUAAAAGAAAAAUACCAAAAGGUUCUGUUCGAAAAAGACAAAACGAUGAUUAAACAAAAAGAAAACUUAUA